GGGAAGGUGGGUGGAGCGAAAUGCGGGAGAGGGCUUUGGGUGCUUGGCCCUGCCCUUCUCUUCCCUGCCCUUCUCCCAAUGCGCCCGCGCUGCAGGCGCGCCCCUUCGUUGUACGCCUGCGCAGCACGCCUCGCGCAGCUCAACUCCCGCUGCGCGUGCGCAGUGUCUCUCCCAUCGCUUCGGCUUGUCAGUCGGCGCCUGGCCGUUGAGAGGGGCGGACGUUUGGAGAGGGAGCUGUUGCUGCUGCUGUUGCUUUCGCCUUUCCCGCUGUCGACGACGAAAUGGCUGAGCCCGCCACCCAGUCCCCCUAUAUUUCUUCUUCCGCCGGGGGCGGCUCCUCGGAACCCGGAGGACGGGAGCUGAAAGGGGCAGGUUCCCCUCAGCCUUGCGCUGAUUCCUUUGUUUCUUCCUCUCAGCCUGUCUCUCUCUUUUCGACCUCACAAGCAGGGACAGCUCCAUCUCCUCCUCCUGCGGCUGGCAAGUCAGCUUCCGAGGUUGCGAUUCCCCCUUCCCCUGCCUUCUCUGCAUCAGCUGAAGCACAUUCCGAAAACCAAAGGGGGACAGACUGCCAGCGGGCACUCUCAAAUGCAGCACCAGAGUUGGUGGAUGGUCAAAAGCGCACUCUUGUCCCCGGGGCCAGGGAAUGGUCAGGACUAGAGGCAGCGGUUCUAGAAUCCUCUGGCCAAGAGAAAUCCUCCUCCUCCUCGACCGGAUCCAAAGUUCUUGAUUCCAGCCCAGUGGUUCAGGCUGUCUCCCUGGAGCACAGUCACUUGAAAGGAGAGGUCCCCAUAGGUGGUACGGCCAGUCUGAGGGGAAGCGACCAACAUUUCAUGGACCAAACCCAAAAAGUAGUUUCCGGGGAAGAGUCAAAGCUGGCUUUGCUGGCCAGCCCCAAAGGAGAACCCGAGCACCCGCCAGCCAGGGUCACACAUUCCCAUUCCACUGCACCCCCUGCACUAGCCGGUGAGACGGUCGUGGAGAAAGAUUCCCCUGAAUCGCCAUUUGAGGUCAUUGCUGACAAACUGGAAUUUGAUAAGGAGUUCAGAGACGUCCUCACAAGCGGCGCCAACGACAUUGGCAGCAACUGGGUCAUGCACGGGGAACGGGAGCUGCUUACGGACAUCCCGGAAGACAGUGUCUGUGAGUUCCGGGUGAAGCCCCGUGCCGGGGGCAGAGUUCCCUCGGGGCCUGGGCUCUCGCGCCAGUCUUCAGGCACAAGCGCGGCACUGGAGGAAGUGUCCAGAUGUGUCCGCGAGAUGCACAGCUUCACGAGCGAGCUGCUCAACUGGGAUUUGAUCCCCAAGGACCUGGAUGACAAGCCUGACAACCUGGCGAGCACGGUCCUCCCCGUGUCACCUAUCCGAGACGCCCGUGGAGGCCUUGCGGGGGCCACGAAUGGCAAGGGGACGUCAGGCAACGCCUCCAGCCCUCUGCAACCGCUCACGAUCAGCGUCCACCAAAAAGGCAGGCCCGUUCUGGAGGCGGAGAAGAAGCCGGCUGCUGUGAACCAAGAGCCGACUGCCAUGAAAACGUCUCCCACUGCCGUCAUGGAGUUGAAGGCUGAUGUCUGCUGGCCGAAUCCCAGCCUGCCUGAAGCGGCAGAUGCCGACAGCUCUGGUGAGUCCGACGACACCGUCAUAGAGGACGCCACAGCGGACCCACUCUUCCAAAAUGAGAGCGGCAGCGGCAGCAACUCGCCACCCAAACUGGUGGCCUCUGUCAAAGCCGAGCCCGGAGCUAUAAGUAACAGCCACAGGUCUAGCGAGCUGCAGGAACCAGCCCAUGAAGACGGGGCAGCUUUUGGGACCCCAGAGUGCAACUGGGGAUUCAUCGACGACUUUGAAACUCUCCCGGCCAGAGCAGAUGGGGGGAGCCCUGCUGCUGAAGCUCCGCUUCCCAAACUGUCUGCUCCAUGUGCAGUGCAGGAGCUGGGGACCUGUGAGCAGGACUUGCUGGUGAAACGCCCCAAGAUGGGAGGCCCCAGUGUUGCCGCAAGGGGAGCCCUCCCUUUGGAGAGCUUGAAAGAGGCCGUGUGUCCAGACGCACUCACCGGCGAGAGCUUCAUGGACUUCAUGAAGGAGUGCUUGAAAGCCAAGGGGAGUGAGUCUCCCGAAGACCCCGUGGAGACGUUUUCGGAGGCCGAGCUGAAGGCGGCCCGGUCCCAGGUGCUGGCUCCACACUCUCGGCAGCCCCCCAAGGCCACCCAAGACUUUGAGCAAGAGCACCUCACCAUCAAGGCCCUCAAAGAAGUGGGCAGGAAGACCGAGGUGGAGAGGCAGCCUCCUGCCCUGAACAAGGUGUCCCCGCCUGGAGGCAGGCAGCUGGGGCAGUCCCACGACACCCUGCCGGACCCCCCUGUGCAGAAGUCUGCCUUGGAGAAAAGGCCCCUCUGCCUGGCUCAGGCUGUGGAAGUGAAGUUGGCUUCUGCCUCUGCUGGCCUUGGCAGACUGGAUGCUCUCAGUGAACCAGCCCGGGCCUCUUCUCCUGAGGCUCCCGUGCCACGCGCUCUAAGGAAGCUCCUGGCUCAGUUCUCAGUGCGUGACCUGAUCUUCUGGCGGGAUGUGAAGAAGACGGGCCUGGUUUUCAGCACCACGCUGAUCCUGCUGCUCUCCUUGGCUGCUUUCAGUGUCAUCAGCGUCGUCUCGUACCUCAUCCUGGCACUCCUCUCGGUGACCAUCAGCUUCCGGGUCUACAAGUCCGUCAUCCAGGCUGUGCAGAAAUCUGAAGAGGGGCAUCCAUUCAAAGCCUACCUGGAUGUGGACGUGGCCCUCUCCUCGGAAGCAUUCCACAACUACGUGAGCUCAGCCAUGGUGCAUGUCAACCAGGCCCUGAAACUCAUCAUGCGUCUCUUCCUGGUGGAGGACUUGGUGGAUUCCCUGAAGCUGGCGGUCGUCAUGUGGCUGAUGACCUACGUCGGAGCCAUCUUCAACGGGAUCACCCUCCUCAUCCUGGCGGAGUUGCUGGUUUUCAGUGUCCCGGUUGUGUAUGAGAAAUACAAGACCCAGAUCGACCAUUACGUGGGGAUCGCCCGGGAUCAGAUCAAGUCAUUUACCACCAAGGUCCAAGCCAAACUUCCUGGAGUUGUGAAGAAAAAGCCAGAGUAAUGUUUGCGGGGGAAUCCAGGACCCAGCUGUUAACUAAAAAAAAAAAAAGUACCCCCUUGUUGUCAUAGUUAUAACCAUUGUUGCUCGUACCUAUGAAGGAACACCCCAGGUCAGCUUGAUGUCUGCAUUCCAAGCUUACUGAUUAUUAUUUUUUUUAUUUUUAUUUUUUUAUUUUUAGAAAAAUGUUCUUCUUCCUCUGCCCCACCACACAAAGCCUAAACCCCGGGCUCUGAAUGCAUCGGACUAAACACAAACUGGUGUCGGAAGUUAGGGCGGAGGUCUUGCCUCUUGGCUCUUGCAGCGGCCUUGGGGAUCUUGUUUGGGAUGGGCCACAUGUGUCCAGUGAAACCAUCCUGGGCGGGUGCUCUUUUUUCCAAGGAGAGGUGGGCUCCCAUCUCAACAGAAUGCAGGUGGGGUUUUCAGCCUCCUUGGCAGACGGAAAGUUCUGCCGGGACACGGCGGGCUUCUGCCUGCCUGCCCUCCCUGCUUCUCCUGUGAAAUGGCUGGAUUUGCCUCUCGUGCAUUGUUCCGCUAAGGCAGAAAGUCCAGUCUGUCUCUCUUACCAGGCACCUCUUAACUUCUCUCCUCUUCUCCCCCCCCCCCGCAAUUAACGUGCUGAUGGAAAGGGGGGAUUCUCCACCCCAUCUCCCUUAAUGACAUCAGUGCUGCUCUUUAGUCUGGUCCACUCCCCACUCUCCCGUGGCAGGCCCCCUUUCCCCCUCCCAAAGAUGAACAAGGUGGUACUCUUUUCUUCUUCUUCUUCUUCUUCUGGAACAAACAUGUCUGUAACUGCUGUGUACACUGCUAGGAAAACAAAAGAACCCUGAGCCGUUAAAAAAUAUAUAUAUAACAAAAGUUGUGCAUGCGACUCCCGUAAGAGUGUGCAGUCCUUAGGAAUGUCCCCCAGGCUAUUCUCAGCAGUUGGGUGGAGGGCCUGGCCUCAGCGCAGUGGCAGCAGUUGAGUAGAACACGCCCCACCCCAAGGGAGAGUGUGUCACGUUUUAGAGGUCUGGCACUGGACGGCUUGUAUCAGUCUUAAGGGUUUUUACCAACCCACGUUUUCUUCUUAGGGGGAUCCGUUUUAAACAGCUUUGCCAUGGCUCAGUAAUGUGCCAUCCCCUGUCGGUACCACCCUGCGCCCCGCUCCCCAUCUCACACAGGGUGGCUGCAUCGACAUAAACUGGCUGCUGGAGCUCUUGCCCGCGUCGGUCUUUCUGACAAGAGGAGAGCCUGCGCUGGGGGCAGAGUGGCUUGCCGUUCUGGGCUGGGGCGAGCAGAGAGUCCAGACCGGCAGCUCAAAGGGAAGGGGCCACCUUGGCUCCCACAAGCUUGAUGGUUCUUGAAGUGGAAGGUGGCUGAGGCAGGGGACGCGGCCAUUUGGGAGGAUGCUGCUCCUGGUGCCGCUGCACCCCUGCCCGGGGUGGGGCGUUUCCCUACCUUGCCAUACUGUGUUUGCCUUGGGCUACGGUUCGUGGUGCAUCAGGGUGAUCCCCCACCCCUGGCAGAUUGGGCUGCCUUACCCCCAACUUGUGAGCCACCCAGCUGCACCCUGCUUUUCACACCUGUUGCGUAAAGUGUAUUUAGUGCAAAUGUCCUCUUGGGGUGGCCAGUACCCACACUGGCAUGGCUUCUGGCAAAGGAGGUGGCCCCGAUGGAUCCUCCUGGCCCAGAAGUGUGCAUUUGGUUCUUGGGCCCAAGCAGCUUGGAGUAUGUCUCUCUUUUGCCUUGGAAUAGGAGAAGCAGACCUUGAGCGAGAGGCGCACGAGUGUCUGUUACAUGUCUCGGCAGCACACACGCACACACCCCGCUGUGACCUGGGGAGACAGCUUGUGCACUCAGUCCCGACUUCUUCCCAGCACCCAGGACCUCUCUCUGCCCCUUGGAAGCCCCAGGUUCGGCUUUUCUGUUCUGUUACUGCUGUGUUUGAAUACCAUGAACCGACCUCUUUGUGCCAGGUGUGCUUUUUUAAAAAAAGAGAAAUAAGUCAGAGAAAAAAAUGUAUGUAGAUGGAGACAACAAAACUACUAAUGAAGCUCUUGCAUUUGUGCGUGUGUGUGUGUGUACUGUGCGUGCAGCGUUUUUUUUAAGUACGGUAGCGCCACAGGAAGAGACCCAGUUGAGGUUUGAAAGAGAGAAAGAAAUGCAAUUUGAUGUGGUAUUAAUAAAAAGAGCACAAAAGUACAACCCCCA